AUGGGAGAUUCCGAUACAGCGCAAGUCGAUUCGUGCUGUUAUCUAAGAGCUCGAUUCAAAAGCAAAGACGUUGACAAUCAGCAAGUGUUUGCCUCGUUGCUGUUUGAGAAAUUGCCGACCAUUGCGGGUCAGAUGUUGGCAGCUUGUGAUAAGUCCAAGACAGCACCAAACAUAUUCUUUUUUAACGAGCACUAUGUAGUAAAACCUCCGAGGAGUCUCGUGAAAUUUCGCUGGCAUCGAGACGAUGACGAGCAACUUACCAUGUGCGUGCAUCGAGAGUCAAUCCGAGCAUAUAUCUCAGCGUGGUGUGCUUUAGACGAUGUGACGAGAGAGAAUGGUGCACUACAGUUCGUGUCGCUAAGUGUGUCCCCGAGAUCGAAUGAGGACAAUAAUGACAACAUGCAGCGUCAUGCAAGUGGUCCAGUGACUGGUGAAGCGGGGGACGUCAUAUUUUUCUUGUCAAAUGUGUGGCAUUGCUCAUCGAGUAAUGACUCGGAUGGUUUUCGCCGUGCGUUCUACGCGCAGUACUCAAGAGAAAAGAUUACAUCUCGACGCAAGGAUCCUACGCCACUAAGCUUUGCCAUCCCAUGUAAAUUAGCGAGCUUUCCUUGGGUGAUUGAUGAGUCUGCUGAGAAUUGUGUAGAAAGUAGAGCCAAGAAGGCCAAGCAUGCUACGCGGUAA